GGUGGGGAGACAGACUUGUAAAGUAGUGACUAGGAAACGAGUCAACAAGCAUAAUAAGUUAACCAUCGUACUAGAUCAUCUCAUCUGGUAUCUCUCUUGUAUCCAACGUAGAAACCAUGUUUAGUUCAUCCUCUAAACUUGUUUAUGAAAAUCUUGCGGUCUUGAAAUCAUUGCGGCUUAGCUAGUAUGGAGGCAAAAAAUGUGUGUAAUGCACCCCUGUCGCUGCAGAGUAUUCCAAAAGAAAUGCUUAAAGAGAUUUUGUUGCUGAUUCCUGUGAAAUGUUUGCUGAAUUUAAGGUGUGUUAACAAGUCAUUCUGUUCCUUGGUUAACACGCACCUUAAACGCCAAAUACUGUUUCUCCCAUGUUCGAAGGAACAGUUGGCUGACAAUGGAAUGCGGAUCAUAUCACCUGAUGCUGGUUGUGGAUCAGUAGAGAAGCUAGUGCCUAAGACUUCAUUUUUUAAUGAAUUCAUUGAUUCUGCCAAAAUCUACGGCUAUUGCAAUGGUUUGGUGUGUCUGAUUCUUGACAUGGAUCGAUUAGGGCUGUGGAAUCCUUCAAGUAAUGAAUUCAAGAUUUUGCCAAGAACAGGGAAUCCGUUCCAUGGGGGUGUCUUUUAUGGAAUGGGGAACUAUGAUUCUCAUAUUGAUGACUACAAGCUGGUUAGAGCAGCUGCUUCUAGAUUCAAGGACGAUGGCGAGCUUGUUUAUAUUGACUCUCCUAUUAAAUUUGAGGUGUUCACUGGUAGAUCAAAUAGUUGGCGAAGAAUUGAAGAUAUUGGUACUACACAAUGCUAUUUACAAAAGCAGGCAGUACAUUUAUGCGGAUCCUUGUAUUGGUUGAAGCAAAUAACAACUUUGGACGAUGCUUAUGUUCUCUCUCAAUGUCUAGUGAUCCUUUGCUUUGAUUUGGCUGAUGAAAAAGUCCGGGAAGUACGUUUGCCAAAUGAGGAAUUUUUGAUCUUAGCCUGGAGUCGACUCGGUGUUUUGGGAGGUCGCCUUUGUGUGUGUUCUUACGAAGAAACUGAUGUUAAGAUACGAAUGAUAGACUUCAAUGAAAAGGCUUCCUGGAGUAAAGUAAUUUCUGUGAUAAAGCCAACCGGAUCAAGCUUUGCUAUCCCGAUCUGCAUAUCAAGGAAAUGGGAGGUCAUAACACUUGCAGAUGGAAGGGACUUGGUAAUAUAUGAUUCCCAUGGGAACUCGUAUAGGAAGAUUGCUGUUGGCGAUGGUCAGAAUCUGUAUAAUGCUGCUUUCUACGUAGAAAGUCUUGUCAGGCUCGGUCCUCGUCUGUCAUAAGUAUCUUGAAGAACUGUAACCAGAUGACAAUCUUGUAUGUGGUCUCUAUUUAGGUAGAGUUGCCUUCAUGUUCUCAUAAGCAAUGCUUUGUAGUAGCAGUUGACAGAUGGAUAAUGAUGUGAAAUCUGUUAGUAUUAGCAACAUGAGCGGAUCUAGGAUUUGAAUUUUGGGGACGUCAAGUAAAUUUUCGGAUUUUACUUAUACAUUUUUAAA